CUCGGGCUGAAUGGAGGGAUGAUCGGGAGGGGCCGAGAGGGGGCUCCCGCUCUCCCACUCCUCUAGCAGGGGCGCCACGGCCCGCGGCCCAGCCCUGGGACUGUGCCGGCGCCCUGGCACCCGAACACGUCGUCAGGCGGCUGGCCGGGGAUGGGUGCCCGGGCGGGGAAGGGAGGCGUUUGCAUGGGUUCUUGUCAGGGGUUGGGGGUGGGACUUGGGGAUUGUACCCCGCCAAGUGGGGGUUCCCCCUUGUACCAGAUGUGUUGUCUUCUUUUCCUUGUGGGCCCAGGUGUUACCCCUGUCCUGGGGGUGGGGGUGGGGGACAUGGCAUCGCUGGGCUGGGCUGACUGUUCAUCCGCUGGGAUAGUGACUCUCUGUGUCUCAGGAGCAAGGAGCAGGUGACCCUGGAGUCCCUGUGAGCGGGAAGCUCUCUGUCUGAACAACCUCUGCAUCCCAGCAGGAGGGCUCUGGGGCUUCGCUGAUGGCCUCUGCCUUCAGGGCCAGAGAGAGGCCCUCUCUAGGGGCAGACCCCAAGUUAAGGGGUCUGAGGAUCCCUUGGCUGACUCAGCCACCAGAAGCUGAUGUCCUUAAUGCUGCAAAGGUGUGAAGGAAGGGCUGGAGUCAGAGACGUGAGGCCUAGAGACCAAGGGACAGGGCAGCACCAUCCGGCCACAAGAAGGCCCACAGGGAGCCCAGGGGACCUGAGGGAAUGGAAUCAGGUUGGAAGGGCUGUGGAGGACAGUGGAAUGGGAGAGGCAGGGGCUCCAGGACUUGGGCUGGGUGCUGGUGGUAUAAAGGAAAUAGUCAGGUUUACUAUGGCCAGAUUUGGUUGUGACCCCUGAGGAAGGCACGUUCUCAGUCAGGGAGGCCAGAGUCCCUAGAAUCUUGGCCCUUCUUGGGGGUCACUGAUCCCUGGUAGCUGGCAUAUUUCUCUGAGGCUUUGGAAGCUUCACUCUCAGGGCCUAUUCAACAGAUCAGUGAGUACCACUGGCCUUGUGAAAUGGUAGAACAGCUGAUGGGGAAAGGGGCUUCCCUGAGGCAGCCUGUCCUCCAGCCCCCAAGGAUCUCUGGGCUAACUUCCAAGGGGUCCCCAUGUCGGUCAGCCUAGUGACCAGUCCUAACCUUGCUGCUUGGGAAGUCCCUUUGAAAAGGCCCAUCUAGGAAGAAGAGGGGCUAUACAUGUGGAUUUUUUAUUUGGCCAACUUAGAGCUUCAGUUCUUGGGUGGCUGUGAGCCCCACUGCCCCACUCCCAGUGCCCCAUUUGUGCUGGUGGGGAAUGGCCAGCUGGGGCUCUAUUCUGGGCCACCACCCUGGAGGUGUGAGUGACAGGGUCAGGUGGGGCGGGGGAGGCAGACACAGGACAGGCAGGUUUCACUGUGGAGGCGAUGGGCAGAGACAGCUGGCUGAUGGGGGUUAGGGUUAGACACAGUGCAGGGCAGGAGGGAGAGUUGGCAGUUAGAAGGAAUUCACCAAGCUCGGGGUCAGGGCUCCUCCUUGUUCCUGGGAGCAGCUGCACUCCUGGGGUUGAAGUGAGUCGAACUUAAAUGGUAACAGGGGCACAGGGUCUGCAACCCUCACUCCCUAAUCUCCUUCCUGCUCUCCUUGUCCCAGGGAGACAUCCACCCAGCCUCCACUUUACAGCCCCUCUGGCCCUCCCCAGCCCCUCUUCUGGAAUCUGGACAGGUGGGGUUUUAAAGUCUGUGGGAUACUUCACUGGAUGAAUUUGACGUCAUCUACCUCCCAUCUGAGCACCCCGGUAGUGGUGAGGGAAUCACCUACCUCAUCUCCCUCUCCUGGGCCCUCUUUGAGCCCUGACUUCUGACCUCACUGGGGUGGGGUGGGAAGUGAGGCGGUCUGGAGGAUGCGACCAUCUCUGGUAAUCCAGGAGGACAAAAAGGAAGAGAUGAAAUGCUCCCCUUAGUAAGAGGAAAUGCUGCUGCUUUUGAGCUACCCAAGCCCUCUGAACAGCCCACCUCCAGUGGAGCUCCCCUGACACCAUCACAGAAUCCUGGUGAAGUCUGACCUCAGCCUCUCAGGUGGCCUCCAGCCCCACAUCCAGCCUUCACCUUGGGAGCAAAUUGUGGGGGUUGGCCAAGUCAGCAAAGCCCCUGCCUGCGGAGUAUUGGAAUCAGAGGAAGGGGGUGAGGAUUGGAGCUGAGAGAUCAAAAGCAGGGGCCCAGGGAGUAGAGUGGGUUGAGAUGGAAAGGGUGAGUGCAAGGGCAGGACAGCCCAGGAAAUGAACUGGGAAGCAGGGAAUGGAAAGAGGGGCGGCAGAAGUCCCAGCAGGGAGCUCAGCCCCUAAACGAAAUGAAGCAGCAGAGAGCAAAGACCCUGUCCCCUCAGGAAACAGCCGCUCAGUGCUGCCUUCACCAGGAGUUGCUGCAUGACCUUGGCUAGGUUGCUUUUCUCCUUGAGCCGCGGUUGCCUCAUCUGUCAAGUGGGGAUGGAAGGACCCGCUCAGUCUGUCUUGCCGAAGAGCGUGUGGAUGAGAACAUCCUUUGAAAAGCGCCCCGGGAUGCCGUCUGGAGCCCGGAUGCCCCACCAGGGGGCGCCCAUGGGCCCCCCGGGCUCCCCGUACAUGGGCAGCCCCGCCGUGCGACCCGGCCUGGCCCCCGCGGGCAUGGAGCCCGCCCGCAAGCGAGCAGCGCCCCCGCCCGGCCAGAGCCAGGCCCAGAGCCAGGGCCAGCCGGUGCCCACCGCCCCCGCGCGGAGCCGCAGUGCCAAGAGGAGGAAGAUGGCUGACAAAAUCCUCCCUCAAAGGAUCCGAGAGCUGGUCCCAGAGUCCCAGGCUUACAUGGACCUCCUGGCGUUUGAGAGAAAACUGGAUCAAACCAUCAUGCGGAAGCGGGUGGACAUCCAGGAGGCUCUGAAGAGGCCGAUGAAGCAAAAGCGGAAGCUGCGUCUUUAUAUCUCCAAUACUUUUAACCCUGCGAAGCCCGAUGCUGAGGAUUCUGAUGGCAGCAUUGCCUCCUGGGAGCUGCGGGUGGAGGGGAAGCUCCUGGAUGACGUACGUCCUGGCCCAGUCCCUGUUCUGCCCCCACGGUCCAUUCCUCUCCCACAGCCCAGCAAGCAGAAGCGGAAGUUCUCUUCUUUCUUCAAGAGUUUGGUCAUUGAGCUGGACAAAGACCUUUAUGGCCCUGACAACCACCUCGUGGAGUGGCACCGGACGCCCACAACACAGGAGACAGAUGGGUUCCAGGUGAAGAGGCCGGGGGACCUGAGUGUGCGCUGCACGCUGCUCCUCAUGCUGGACUACCAGCCUCCUCAAUUCAAACUGGACCCCCGCCUGGCCCGGCUGCUGGGGUUGCACACACAGAGCCGCUCAGCCAUUGUCCAGGCCCUGUGGCAGUACGUGAAGACCAACAGGCUGCAGGACUCGCACGACAAGGAAUACAUCAAUGGGGACAAGUAUUUCCAGCAGAUUUUUGAUUGUCCGCGGCUGAAGUUUUCUGAGAUCCCCCAGCGCCUCACAGCUCUGCUCUUGCCCCCUGACCCAAUUGUCAUCAACCACGUUAUCAGCGUGGACCCGUCAGACCAGAAGAAGACAGCGUGCUAUGACAUUGACGUGGAGGUGGAGGAGCCGCUGAAGGGACAGAUGAGCAGCUUCCUCCUGUCCACAGCCAACCAGCAGGAGAUCAGUGCUCUGGACAGUAAGAUCCAUGAGACGAUUGAGUCCAUAAACCAGCUCAAGAUCCAGAGGGACUUCAUGCUAAGCUUCUCCAGAGACCCCAAAGGCUACAUCCAAGACCUCCUCCGCUCCCAGAGCCGGGACCUCAAGGUAAUGACAGAUGUGGCAGGCAACCCUGAGGAGGAGCGCCGGGCCGAGUUCUACCACCAGCCCUGGUCCCAGGAAGCCGUCAGCCGCUACUUUUACUGCAAGAUCCAGCAGCGCAGGCAGGAGCUGGAGCAGUCGCUGGUCGUGCGUAACACCUAGGAGCCCUGUGAAUGAGUGCCACUGCCACCAUGGGCCUCUGGGCCCCUGCCCUGUCCCCUGGGGCUCUGCCACCACUCCUGAUGCCUGGUGGGUGAGGCGGGGACUGGAUUAAAGGUCAUUCAUCUGAUA